UAAAUGUAGCGGAAAUCAUUGAUUACAGCGAUAUCAAAUAGUUGUUUUGUUUAAAUUCCUGACAUUAUGAGUAGAGUGCACUUGGAAAUAAAAUGCUAAUUAUUCUACUGAUAUUUUCUGCGAUCCAAUUAACAGAUUCCUGGUGUCGGCCUACCGAGAGAGCGGACGUCGUGUUUAUAUUUGAGGAGUCCUACAGUAUGGGCGAGAUGGUAUUCCCCAGUGAGUGGGACUAUCAAAAAAGCUUCCUGGCCAAAAUAGUGGACCAGAUGUACAUAGACCCGAACAAUGGCAUCCGUGUAGGGGGCGUGACCUACAAUAACGAGUCAACCGUCCGGUUUUACCUAGAUACCCACACUACGAAAUCCGACAUCAUUGAUGCCAUUCUAAAUAUUGGCACAACCCGGAGAGAGAGUGUCUAUGAGAACGACACCGAUCUCGUGUACAAGGGGCUGGAGACGGCCUAUGACUCCGUGUUCUUGUCCAGCAGGGGGGACAGGGCGGACGCCCCCAACUAUUACAUAUACACUACGGAUUAUAUAUUCCCUGAUGAUGACCCCUACACCACGGGGCUCAACAUCCGGUUCUCAGGGGACAGCUACAUCUGGGCUCUGGGGGUGAAGUCUGCCGUUACCCAGUCCGCUCUGGUCCAGUCGGUGGGUUCGGACGGGAGGUACUACACAGGCUCCAGCUUCCGAACCCUCAACACCGUAGACCACGCCAAGGAAUUCUGGGAAUUAUUCCGAGGGUGCCCCUUGAUAGACCCUUCCACUGGAAUAUACUAUUGUUUUUCAGUUCCUCUUCUUUACUUUGAGGACCCAGCUCUAGCAACAUCUAGCACCGAGACUUGCGAACAGGAUGAAGAAAUGAUGUUCUUGCUGCAGGAUUCUAUGUUUGAGAUCGACUGUUGUGGGAUCAUCACGGCCUGGGAGUUCUAUCCCUGUGCCCCGGGGGUGGUCCAGUUCAUGGUCUGGUCCCUCGUAUCUGGGUCAACGUAUGUGCUGAAGGCUAUACAGGAAGUGCAUGUGACAGUUGCAGACCUUGGAACCUCUGUAAACUACACGAUUCCGGAGGAAAAUCGCAUUGCUAUCGUAGCGGGGGACAGAAUUGGAUGGAGAACCAAAACAAAGAACAUAAUAUCUUAUCAAUCAUGUGACUACCAGAAAGAUAGGUACUGUCCCCAAAACACUUACCGCGCCAAGUUCACGGACGAACCAUCCGAAUACAUGCAGUUUGAUUGGUCGGAACAUUUAGUUAAUUCCUCCCACGUAGAAAAAUUACCAAAUCGAGGUUACACUCUCAAGGUGUAUGCAAACAACAACACUCAAGUAUCGUUUGAUGAAUCGUAUUAUUUGACGUCAGCAGCUGAUCAUUGGCCAAUAGGAACGCGCUUUACGUCAUUUGAAAUUUUAGGACAGGAUUACAAGGAAAAUGUGACGUUUUCAUGGAUCAUGGAGAGUCCCUACAUAUACCUGAACGAGUCCUACAGGAGUAUACAAGUCGGGAGGGCGCUGCAGCGAGCAGGGAGACCCUAUGGAAUGUUGGGAUAUAUAGCCCAGUUACAGGUGGUAGACACAUGCAGGCACACUUCCACCGCAACCUUCAGUGUCGAGACUUUCAACAGGCCCCCAGUCAUUACCAAUUUGCCAAAGGAGAUGUCUGUGUUAGAAACACAGAAAGGGGAUGAGUUCUUGUAUAAAGUGGACGUGCAUGACCCCAGUGUGCCCCCUGACCCCGUGUGCUGCACCCUGCUGGAGAACGCGCGACCUAAAACUGUGAACUUUGAACUCAGACAUAAUGGGUCCGACUACUUAUUAUACACGUUUAAUGAAUCCGUAUUUUCCUAUCAUAAUAUCAACUCCUACAUGUUAACUGUGUGUUGUGAGGAUGGAUUUGGAACAGUGCAGGGAAUAAUAAAAAUUGACGUCAAACAGGUGAAAGCAAAAAUAUACUACAAACCACCGCCUUGGUUCGUCAUCGCAAUGGUGGCCAGCCUAAUCCCUAUCUCGGUCCUGGUGACGUCAGCUUGUGUUCUUCUUGUACAGACAUUCUUCUUUGACUAGGGAUUUGUCUGGCGGGGGUGGUGUUACGUGUAUGUACCUUCUAUGACGUCAUCACCACCCACAACAAGAACUGUCUCUCGUCAGUGAUUGGGGGGGGGGGGGUGUAUUUCCCUAUUUUAUCUGUAUACCAUUGGUUGCAAUUUCAUAGAUGUCAAAAUGUUCUAUUUAUUUAUAACAUAUAAUUAUAUGUUUUUCAAGGUUCAAGGUUAUAUGUUCUCAUGUUAUGUACAAAUGUAGAUGUCUUUUUAUUUUUAUACUGAAAGCUGAUGUUCCAAGAUUUAGCUGUGAAAUCUCUAUACAUGCCAAAGACAAUUGUUUCUGUUGUGAAAAAAAACCCUAUCAUUUUUAUUCUACCUUUGGUGUAAUUGGUGUAUUACACGAAAAUGUGUCUUUGACGUAUAUUUGUUAAUUCAUUUGCCGCUACACGUAUGUUUGUUGAAUAUUCCCAAUCUAGUUCAAUCACUAUCAUCAUUUCAAUGUUUAUAUCAAAAAGACAUUUACCCUAACUCCUCUAUCAUCAACAAUUUUACUGUUCAGGCGCCGAUUGGAUGUCAUUUACGCUAUGUUACGAUUACAUAUACUGCAAUAUAAUAUACUAAAAUAAAAUAU